AUGCCUCGAACAGACGUCUCUUUCAAAACCUCGGACGGUGUGACCCUCCGCGGCUGGUUCUUCACCCCUUCCCCCUCCGCCACGGGCACUGCAACACCAGCGAAGCUCCCCUGCCUGAUCCUUACCCUCGGCUUGUCAUGUGUCAAAGAGAUGGGCUUGUCAGAGGUGGCCACAAAGUUCGCUGAAGAACUUCACAUCACUUGUCUGGCGUACGACCAUCGAGGGUUCGGCUCUUCGGACACUGGCCCUGGCCAGCCUAGACAGGAGGUCAUAACCUGGCUGCAGAGCAACGACAUGCGCGACGCCAUCACCUACGCGCAGACCAGGGAGGAGGUCGACAGGUCCAAGAUCGCCCUGUGGGGGUAUUCCCUCUCUGCCGCUGAGGCCGUGUAUGUGGCGGCCACCGAUCGACGGAUCAAGGCUGUGGUCGCACUGGGGCCGGGUAUGGACGGCACCCAGGUCGUGAGAAGGCUGGCACCACCUCACGCCAUCUUGGCCAUCCAGGGCUUGUUUGAGAUGGAUCGGCUUGCGCGGGCUGAAGGGAAGGAGGCGAUCAAGGUGCCCGUCGUGAGCAUGGAGCCUGGGGCGCAGGCGAUGCUGCCGAGUCAGGAGUCAUGGAACUUUUUCUCCAAAUGGGAGACGAACGGAUCGGGAUGGAAGAAUGAGGUGACUGUGCGAAGCCUCGAAGACGUCUCGACGUUUGCUUUGCCCGUUCCACAUCUCGAUAACUUGACCCCGACGCCCAUCCUCUUCGAAGUGGCCUCGAGGGAUACCAACUGUCCUCCGGACAUGUGCAUGAGGUGGUACGCGAAGCUCAGUGAGCCAAAGGAAGUGGUUCUGGUGGAUGCGGAUCAUUACGAGUUGAUGGGCCCCGCGAGGGAUAUCUUGCAUCCCAAGGAGGUCUCGUUUCUCAAGAGGACGAUCUGCUCGUGA